AUGAUCCAAAGCUGCUUCAAGGCCAUCCCAAAAACUACCAACCGUCAACAGCGUGCCUUGAUCAUGGACAAUCUGCAUCUCUGGGCAUCCACUUUGACCCUUCCUGCACAAGCCAUUGAACGGCGACGGGCCUACAAUGUCGGAACAGUCCACUGCCAGCUCCGUCUUCACUCUGAAGCCAUCUACAAACAACUCAAUAUCAAUCGCCACUUUGCCGACAAUCUACCGCUCACCGGGCCUUACCUGUUUGGAAGGACUGUCACUAGGGUGCUCAAGCGCAUGGCCGACACAUUCGCCUUUGGACACGGAAAAGUUUAUCGGCGGUACUUAGAACCACUCCGCCACCCCGAUGUCCGCGGUGCCCACAUGCCCAUUUGGCAACGGGAAAUCUGGUGCCGUCCGACUCACAUCCAGAGGCAGAUCCAAACAAGAGGACUUCUACUGGCGGCACCGUGGGCAUCCAUGGCGGUCAACAUGCCGGCCCAGGAAACUUGUAUGGAGCCACACGUGGACGACCACAAUGCUGAGUGGGGCCUCUGCACGAUCGCCUCGGCCGGUCACUACACCGGUGGCAAACUCAUCAUCCACCCUGCGGACAUCCAAAUUGCGACCAGACCAGUCAUUGAUACGGUGAGCUUUCCCUCCGCCAAACUUAUACAUUCAAACACGCAGGCUACUGUGUACCGCAUGUCCAUGAUCGGCUCCACAAGCUCCAAUAUUCUCGGGCAUCUUGCAACCCUACCUGCCCUCGAUGACUACCCUCAAUGGCCUGCACAUUUUUGGCAAGACUAA